AUGGGCUCAGAGCAACCGUACAGCGAGGCCGGAGAAUCCACCAAAGAUCGGUUCAGCAGGCUGACGCAUCUCGUGCAGGAGUUCCUGCAAGAUGACGACGUGCCACAAGAGUUCGUGCCCUUGCUCCAAGAGUGCGCAGAGAUAUGGGCCAGCUAUACAGACGCAUGCCACGACAUAGCUAUGCAGGCUCCCAGAGAGGACGCUGGCCAUUUGUCGAAGGCGUACCUCCGGUUGAAUGAAACGGCGUUCAUUUACUACAUGAUUGUGCACACGAUCUUGAACGAUAGUGUUCCUAAGCUAGGCGGGUUCUCGAACGCCGACGACAAGAAUGCUUGGCAUUUGUAUACUGAGAGGCUUCGCGCUUUACAGAACGACCCUAAUAUUGGGAAAAUACGUAGCGUUAUUGGAAACUACCCUAAACUGGCGCCCUUGCAAUCUAUAGACCCCAGCAAGUUGAGCUCGUUGUUGCAUUUCCAUGACGACGCAUUCUUGCUCGUCGAUGUGCGGCCCAGACCCGAAUUCGUCAAGGCCCACAUCAAAUGCAAACAUAUUAUAUGCAUCGAACCCGUUUCGUUCAAGGACUCUUAUACAGACCAGCUGGUGGAAAGGGUCUCCUUGACCACGUCACCACAGCUGGAAAUUGAACUCUUCUCCAAAAGAAACACGUUCAAAUACAUCGUACUCUACACUGAUACGCAAUCGCAAGGAGACUUCCAGCAAAGGCAAACACGCAUUCUUGCCAACAUUUUGUCCCAACAUUCUGUAGCGAAGGUGCUCAUUUUGGAAAAAGGGUUUUCCAACUGGGUCAAACUAGGUGGCGCCUACCAAACGUUUUCUGCUGGACAAACUCAACUCGCAUCGCCGUCUCCGUUGCCAUCCUCUGCCAUUCCAGGCACAUCUGCAGGUUCAUUUAGCCAGACUUCUCGCUCUCCGCCCAGGGGGAAAAGUCCCACUUUAGUGUCAAUGAAGGCGCAAUCUCAACCUUUACAAGCAACCGUCCAGACUCCUCAAGUGCCCUUAUACUACCCAGAAGUGGCCACCUUAUCACAUUUUAAUAAAGACUCUUCCGUUUUGCACACCCUCAGCCCUCAUCCUUUAAUUGCCGUCCCCAAGGAAAAGCCAUCAACGUUUGUCCAUGAUAAGGUUACCAGCAUAGAAACGCUGUCUCCAGGUCCUCAGCUACAUCAGGCCAAUGUGAUUCCGCCGCGUAUUCCGCCUUUACCGCAACAGAAUUUGUCGCUCUCCAGGCCGCCUGUUCAGAACAGCCCACAGAUUUUUGACUUGGAUUUUAUUGUGGGGUUAGAAAAUAUGGGCAAUUGCUGCUACAUGAAUUGCAUACUUCAAUGUAUGGUAGGUACGCACGACUUGACUCGAAUGUUUUUGGACAACACUUACCUUAAUUUUAUCAACUUCGAUAAUAUGAGAGGUUCCAAGGGAUUGUUAGCUAAAAACUUUGCCAAUUUGGUUCAUACUAUGCACAGGCAUGGUGCGUUCAAGUCUCCGAAUGCGAGAAUAGCCCCGGUCCAGACCAUCCAAUUUAAGAAGACUUGUGGCCAUAUCAACUCUAUUUACAGCGAUUCGAUGCAGCAGGAUUGUCAAGAAUUCUGUCAGUUUUUACUCGACGGAUUACAUGAAGAUUUAAAUCAAAAUGGUGGCAAAAAACAUCUGAAACAACUGUCUGAAGAAGAGGAACGGAUGAGAGAAAACAUGUCUAUACGGAAAGCUAGCGCUCUUGAAUGGGAAAGAUUUUUGCUAACUGAUUUCAGCGCAGUAAUAGAUCUGUUUCAAGGACAGUACGCGUCUAGAUUACAAUGCCAGGCCUGUGAACAUACUUCUACGACAUACCAAACUUUUUCUGUUCUUUCCGUCCCUGUCCCACGCAUUAUGACCUGUAACGUGUUGGAUUGUUUUAGAGAAUUCACUAAAUGUGAAAAAUUAGGCAUCGGUGAACAAUGGUCGUGUUCUAAAUGUCUAAAAAAGCAACCUUCCACUAAGCAACUUAAGAUUACCAGGUUGCCCAAAAAACUGAUCAUUAAUCUGAAGAGAUUUGAUAACCAAAUGAAUAAAAACAACGUGUUUGUACAGUAUCCUUGUUUCUUGGAUCUUACACCAUACUGGGCCAGAGCUUUCAAUCAUGAAGCCAUAAUUGAUGAGGACAUUCCCACCAGAGGCCAAAUUCCGCCAUUCAGAUAUAGGUUAUACGGGGUUGCGUGCCAUUCAGGAAGCUUAUAUGGUGGCCAUUACACAUCAUAUGUCUUUAAGGGUCCUCAGAAAGGUUGGUACUUUUUCGAUGACACAAUUUAUCGACCUAUAAGGUUUAAUAAUGAAUUUAUUACACCAAAUGCAUAUGUUUUAUUUUACGAAAGAAUCUUUUGA